GCAUGAUGAUCGAUUGAUUCUUCAUGGAGAUGGAUGGCCCUUUCAUCUCUACCGACACGUAAACGCUGCUACUACCUAGCCUCUAUUCUCCCCUAGGAACUACUACUACUCUAUGGCGGCGAUGGGCCAUGUUCGAACGUCGGGAGCGAAUUGGACCGCAGGAACUGUCGGCCAAUGUACGUGCGACUGAGCUGAUCCACGGACACGUUCGCUGUUCCAAACGCGCGACGCAUGGCGACAAACGCAUCCGUGCUGUCGGACCAUCGCUCUGCCGCUUCGAGGGCCACCAUCCAUUCGACAUAGGUUUCCACGGUCAUGGCCGUCCCUCUCGCGUUCAUCUGGUCCACCACAGCCAUGGCCUCGGCCGCUCGUCCUCCUUCAUUCAACAGCCGCAUCACGACCGCAUACGAGUCCCCACGGACGAGCACGAACUUCUUCUUGGCCGCUUGAAUCGGUUGUUCUUGUUCGUCGUCUUCCAAGGCGGUCAAUGCGUCGAGGAAGGCCCGCGCGUCGUCCAGGACAUUCACCUGCCUUGUGAUGGACAUCACUUCAAAUAGUUGAAACACCCGGAGCACCAGGAGCGACGCGUCAUCUUGUUGGUCGUCCAGCGCGCGUUCAAGCAGCUGCCACUGGGGGUCCAAUACGUGGCUCGUGACCGCGUGCAGGUCCACGGGGACAUCCGACGCCCGCGGCGGCGCCUCCAGGCACCGCUUCCACGCGUCCAGGUACACUUGGAAGGCCACGCCGUCGGGGCGGACGUUGUGCUGCACGAGCAUCGCAUCGUACACGUCCAUCGCUUGGCGCGGCUGGUCGGCUUUCAAGCACUUGACCAUCACCAGCGUGAAGGGGACGGCCGACGGAGCGAUGCCUUCCUCUCGAGUCAUCUCGCGAAGCAGCCGCUGCAUGUCCCCGACAGAAUGCGCAGGCGAUUGCAGCAGCGAGUGCAGCAUGUGACUUGAUUCGUUGUAGGGCUUGUGUGAUAGCCUAGUGGUCAAAUCCGCCGCCGCCGCCUUCAAGUCGGCCAGGACCAUGAACGCCAUGUCCACGUCCCUGCGCACGCAACAUGCACGCAGGAGCGCGUUGUACACGCCAACGUCCAUCGACGUGGACGCCGGCAGGUCCAGCAGCAGCCGCCGCGCGUCGUCGAUGUGGCCGGCCGACGCGAGGAGCUUGAUGUAGCGCAUAUACGUCGUGGCUGUGGGAGUGAGCCCCAUGUCUUGCAGCCCUAAUGCCCAAUAUAUGUGAGUUCCAUC